GUCACAUGAUGGAUCCGAAGGAGCGGGUGUUCCUGGAGGCGGCGGAGCGCGGGGACAAGCACACUAUGAUGCGCUGCCUCUCCCCUCCUUCUGCCGUCAACGUUAACUGCACGGACAUCCUGGGACGCUCGGCCAUCCAGAUCGCCGUCGACAACGAGAACGUGGAGAUCGUCGAACUCCUCCUCCUGCAAGAGAACGUCAAAAUCGGUGACGCCUUGCUGUACGCCAUCACAGAGGGCGUCUACAAGAUCGUGGAGAUGCUUAUCAAUCAUCCCAGCAUCACUCCAGAGAUGCUGGCCAACGACUGGGUUAAGGUCCGUGCUGGGGGAGAGGAGUCGAGUGACUUCGACCCCAACAUCUCGCCCAUCAUUCUUGCCGCCCACUGCAACCAGUUCGAGAUUCUUCAGCUCUUUCUCUCCCGAGGUGCAUACAUUGACAAGCCACACCCGCUGUCAUGUUGCUGCCGACCAUGUACAGAGGGGUUCCAUGCAGACUCGCUGCGGUACUCUAUGCGUCGUAUCCACACCUACCGUGCUCUGGCCUCCCCAGCCUGGAUCUCUCUCACCUCCGAAGAUCCGAUACUCGCUGCUUUCAGGCUGUCAUGGGAGCUAGAACGACUAGCACGGGUGGAGAACGAAUUUAAGGACACUUACCUGGAGCUGAGUGACCAGUGCAAGAAGUACACCUGUGAGCUGCUACACCAGUGUCGCUCUACACAGGAGGUGAUUGCGGUCCUCAACCGCCGCAGUGAAGAAGACUCUGAGGAUGAUGACGAUGAGGAUGAUCCUCAACAGCUGAAGUUAUCAAGGCUUAAGCUGGCCCUUAAGUAUGAUCAAAAGCAGUUUGUGGCUCACCCAAACUGCCAGCAGCUGUUGACGUCAGUGUGGCAUGAAGGUCUUCCCAUCUGGCGCCGGAGGAAUGCCUUGGUCAAGAUCUUGCUCUGCCUCUCCAUCAUCCUCUGCAUGCCUAUCAUUGCCAUCAUUUAUCUCAUCUUUCCCAGAACCAGCCUUGGCAGAGUAAUACGCUCUCCCUUCAUGAAGUUCAUCUAUCACAGUGCUUCCUUCGGGCUCUUCCUAGUGCUGUUGGUGCUGGCCUCCACCAGAACAGAGGGCAGCGAGAGACACCGCAGGAAUCUCCGUGGACCUGCACCAACCUUUGUCGAGUGGCUCAUUUUUUUCUGGGUUACUGGCAUGGUGUGGGCAGAGUGCAAACAGCUAUGGGAAGAGGGGCUGACUGCUUACAUCCGCCAGUGGUGGAACUGGCUCGACUUCAUAAUGCUCUCCCUCUACCUGUGUACCUUCAGUCUGCGGGCCGUUGCCUUCGUUCAGAUUACCACCAACAAGUAUGGUCCCAGAGAGGUUCCACGUGCCCAGUGGCCAGCCAAUGAUCCAACGCUCAUUGCCGAAGGAGUGUUUGCUGUGGCCAAUGUCUUCUCCUUUGCCAGAAUCAUCUACUUGUUUCAGACUAACCCUCAUCUUGGCCCCCUUCAAAUUUCCCUUGGCUGCAUGAUCAUAGAUAUUGCCAAGUUUUUGUUCAUCUUCUUCCUGGUGCUGACGAGCUUCGCAUGUGGCCUUAACCAGCUCUAUUGGUACUAUGAUCCUCCUAGUACCUCUUGCAGCACUGUUGGUGGGGACACUACGUGCCACUCUGGCUCGGACGCCUUCAACACUGAUGGUGGCGAGUACAAAGGCGGCUUCAAGACGUUGGACGUGACAUUUGCAACGCUGUUUUGGUCCCUGUUUGGUAUCAGUUCUCCCAAGAGUACGGACCUUGAGGAGGAGCAUGGGUUCAUAGAGACUGUGGGGCAGGGCCUCUUCAUGGCCUACCACGUCAUGUCCAUCAUUGUUCUUAUUAAUAUGCUCAUAGCUAUGAUGUCCAACAGUUUCCAACAGAUAGAGGACCAUGCUGAUCAGGAAUGGAAGUUUGCCCGCUCUAAACUGUGGAUGAGUUACUUCGACCCAGGUUCCACCCUGCCCGCACCUUUCAACCUCAUCAUUAGCCCCAAGGCCAUUUUCUACUUUAUGAGAACCGUCAAGAACUGUCUCCAGUACAUUUGUUACCGGAGAAAUCGCAGACGCUCUGACAAGAGAAGGAGCUUCACUAUGGAGAAAGGCACCUUACAGGGAGGGGCGCCUCCUGGUCGGAUGAGCCAGUCAAACAGGUAUGCGGAGGUGAUGCGUCGUCUGGUCUCGCGCUAUAUACACCAGACCAAGAAGCAACAUCGCCAAGAUGGAGUGAAUGAGGAUGAUCUUCUAGAGAUCAAGCAGGACAUCUCCAGUCUCAGGUAUGAGUUGCGAGAGGACAGAAAACGAGAAACUGCAAGGGCAUACGGUCAGAUGGAUUCCAUCAAGAAGGAUAUCCUGAGACUCUUGAAGCAGAGUGGGCGUACGGCCGCCCGAUCAGGAAAUGGCCGAGAGACUGAAGGGGCUGUGGGAGGGGCAUCAGCCAACCCUGUGGCUCUAACCACCAGUGUUGCGCCCUGUCCUGCCUGCAUCCACUCUCCAGGUGUAGGUGUGACUAGUCCCUGCCACCCAAGUUUGGGGACCCCUGGCAUUGUCCAGCAGCACUCGGUGGACCUGGGAAUGCUAGGCCGCGAGCCCACCUCGGCUGCUGUCGACAUUACCGUCACUCCAGCCUCCUCUCUACCUUGUAACCUCACGUAUUCACAAGCAUCGAUGGGUCUUCCUUCACCUCAAAGUCUUCUUCCCGUGGGUAACUUGACAGGAUGCCUGCUGGCACCACAGGAAAUGGACUAUUUGCGAAAGGAGAUUGUCAGCAGCCUACGGAGUGAACUUCGAGAAAUGCUGCGAGAUGCUCUGUCACGUGCCCUCACGCCCACCACCAACAUGGCCCCGCAGUACUAUUCACCAACACCAACUCCAAAUCCCAGCCCGCAGUAUGCUACCACUCCCACUGCCAAUACUGCUCAGAUGGCCGCACCACAAUUCCCUUCUCCAGUGGCACCACAACAGAAACAGUGCAGUCAGUGCCCUCCAGCACCAGCAUCUUCGUAUUCCCCACCUUCUCCCACAUCCCAACCUCCCCAACAUCCUCACCUUAGAGUUUCAACUUCUUUAAGUGACCCAUUUUCUCAGAGGUCUAGUUCUGGUCCACAAUCCUCCUCAGGGUCAAGUCCUAUUCCUCAGUCCUCUCCAAGAUCAAGUCCAAUUCCCCCACCAUGUCAAAGGUCAAACUCCAGUUCUGGGUUAACUCAAAGGUCACAAGGAAUCUCCCAGUCUGGUGGCUCAUCGAAGUCACCUACCAACCAAGUUCUUCUACGCCCACCCAAUGAGUCCGACCGCGUACACACACACAUGUACACACAGCUGUGAGGAGUUCUUCCAUGCUGGUAAUGGUGCACAAGUUUUCUUGUUUCAGGUGCUUUUAUAUUUACAGCACAUGUGGCACUUACACUUGAGGAGCAUAAGGCAACCAAUCAAAAACCCUGGUGAUUUUUACAAGUACAAUUUGAUUGGAGUCAAGUUCCUUAGGUUAACUUAAGUGCCAUUUUGAUCAGAAGGUAAGCUGCACUAGACGAAACUGGGUCGAUCCCCUUGGUCUAGACUAAAGUCAGCUGGUAAGAGAAUUGACACUACUUUGGUGUGAGUGUCAGAAGAUAUUUUGGGAUCUCAAAAGUAAAGCCAGACAAUACAGGAAUCAUGUGACAUUGCUGAAUCAAACUGAUACAGGUGGGGUAAAGAUUGAUGCAAAAUGAUCUGAUAAUAGCUUCUGGCUUGGUCACACCCACCAUCUAGGAAGAGAGGUGCUAGAUUUUGGAGAAAGAUACUUAAUUGACUGAUACACAUUACACGAAUACUACCUGAAGUUUUUAAAUGAUGAUUCGGCAGGUACAGGAACCCUAGUCUGUCCUCUACCUAAUUACUUUUGCCAUUGCAGACUUGUGGUAUGAGAAUAAUGUGCAACACACAACCUGUGUUGCUCUUGGGUUAUUCACAAUGGACAGGCACCUUGUGCUUGUGCAUUUAUAUGAGCACACCAUUAGUGAUAACUUUUCUUUUAAGAGUUUUGAAUGCCUUGGAAGAUAUCCUUUUGAGAAAUCAUGUGCAUGAUGCAGGCCAAGUAACAGAAAUUUGGAUGUUUGAAGACAAAAUGUCGUUAUAUUACAAUUAAGUAACAGCAUCAUAAAGUGGUGAGAGCUGUUGCAGGAGUGAUUACUUUACUUUUAAUUAAAGGUUGUGGCAGGAAGACAUGAAUGACUGCUUGUUGUAUGACACUCUCAGACUUAGAGAGAACGCCUGUUACCACAGCCAUUAUUGUUGACGAAUAAAGAGUGAUUUCCCAACCGGAGUGCUAUCUUACUUUUUAAUUACUGUAUAUAUAUAUAUCCAUAUACCCACACACACAUAUACCAGUAACAGUGGAACCUAGGUUUUCAUAUGCCCCUGUUUUUAUAUAUUUUGGUACUCAAACUCAAUUUCUUCAAAAAAUUUGAUUAGGUACUCAUUGUUAACCUCGGUGUUCGGAGUUUGUUUAUAUACGUAUGGGUCCACCGAGCGUGUGGCGCUUCAGUUUACCAGUGUUUCCCAGCUAGUGAUGAUCACCCUUGAAUUCUUUGUGAAGAAUUUCAUUGUCUUUAUGCUUUUUUGGUUUCUGAACAUAAAAGUUCUUAUUAUUUAUCAUGCCAUGGGUUCCGAGAAAGUCGGUGGUAAUGUUCAAUCUAAGAAAUAGUUGUGAGGAUGAUGAUUGAGGAAAAAAAAAAGAUCAUUCAUAAUGAGACAAUGUGUUGUCUCACUACAGACAAGUGUUAAAACGUAGGGAAAAACAAGUGUCUAUAGAUAGAUUCUUAGUAAGACAAGCAAGCAGUGAGCCACAACCAGAUUCAAGUGGUAUGCCUGCAAGAAAUAAGAGAGAGUACCCCAGAAAUGUUAUCACUACUGUUAUAAUGGAAGAGGACUUCCUUUCCAAACACUAACACCUCUCCUCCUCCCCCCUUCCUCACUGUCUUCCAUACACCAGCAAGAGUCCUCAAAAAAGGUAAGGUACCCAAGAGUAUUAUUCUGUAUAAAAUGUAUUUAUUAGUUAAUAUAUUUGGGGGUGUGGAACGUAUUAAUUCAAUUUACAUUAUUUCUUGUGGGAAAAUUCAUUUCGGUUUUCGUACCGUCUCUGGAAACAGAUUAAAUUUGAAAACUGAGGUACCACUGUAUGUGUGUUUGUGUGUGA